CUUCUACCUUGAUAUCAACUUUGAGAAUAACUGCACCAAAGCGUCCAAGGUUGGAACGUCGGAUGUGUUCAAGAAUGGCCUGCAAUUUAAAGAACAACGACGAGGAGGAGAAAUUUCCACCCUUGGCUCUAGGUGAUUUUUCCAAACGACAAAGAGAGAAUUGUUUUAGAGAAGAGGAAGUUGCUACACGUCUCAAAAGGCAAAAGGAAGGGAAUUUCGAUGUGUGUGAAGGCGAAUACGAAGUGGUCAUGGGCCUGGAUGAAGGCGGUAAUGGCGGAUCCAUUAUCUUCCGCGAUGCAGUGGCGAGGUUGAAGGAGCAGUAUCGUUAUGUAGACAACGACGAGGAGCGUCGACGCUCAGAGUACCUUGGCGCCCUGCUAGACAAGAAGGCGCGGCGGCGUCGGGAUACAUGCUGUAUCAAGUGCCAGGAAAUGACUGGUACCUUAGAGGGUCUCCGCUCCUUGGUGGAAGACGGCUACCGCCACUACAGCUAUUACCAGCUUCGACAAUCGGCUGACAUGGGCUGUAAACUCUGCGAGCUCAUAUGGGACUUGACGGAGCAUGAUGACUGGGAACGUGACUGGGUAUUCGAAGACGACGAAGCCUCUGAACUCACUAUGGUUACUGACGAAAAGAUUAUUGUCCGUGCUGUCAACAAUGAAGCCUUCAACAACGAUGGCAGCUCACGCUCGACUAGCCCCGAAGCUUGUGAUUGGCGGAAUGGGGCCCUCCCACUCGGGGGGACAACUGGUGACCCUCUGCACGAACUGCAACUGAGUACCCUCAAAGUUAUGAUUCCCUUUGAUGGAGGAGUAUCACCGAACUGUCCUCUUCUGCAUUUGGUGACAUCUGAAGAUAAUCCUGCGGCCAAAUAUGUUCCGGGGAGAAGGCAAGGCAAAGAACUGACUUCUGCCGCCGUUAACGUGAUCCACGACUGGCUUGAGGAGUGUCAUGACAAACAUAAAUUCUGUCCAAAACACCUCGUUCGUGAGCUACCGCGACGAGUUGUUGACGUCGGCCGCCAAGGCGAGGUUUCGUUACCAAGACUUCACAUAAGUAAACCUGGCGAGAAGGGGGAAUACGCCGCCCUGAGUUACUGCUGGGGUGAAGAUCCACAAACCAUGACAACGGCCGCGACACUCAGCACCUACAUCCAGUGUCUGCCAUCGAAUCUUUCAAACUCGAUUUCAGAUGCCAUCACGGUAUGCAGGAAGCUUGGCGUGAGAUACCUUUGGGUCGAUGCCCUCUGCAUUAUCCAGGAUGACGAGACCGAUAAGGCAGGGCAACUAUCUUCCAUGGGUACCAUAUACAAGCAGGCCCUGUUCACCAUUGCUGCCGCAGGGGUUGCUCAAGCGUCCGAUAGCUUCCUUAAGGGAAAAGGCUCCAAUUUCGACCCAACAUUUGCACAUCUUCCAUUUUUCGUGGACGACUCAAUAUGCGGAGAAGUACAAAUCAUCGAGCAUGGCUUCAGAGAUGUGGUCCCGGAAGACAGUCAGCCAUUGUUCUCCAGGGGCUGGACAUUACAGGAGAUGCUUCUCUCACCACGCCUAUUGAUUUUCGACACGAACCAGCUAUUGCUGAAAUGUGGCGAAUUGCGAUUUAAGCCAGUUCAGACUACUUACCUAUCAUACGAGGAUUAUUCCUGCCCAGACAUGCCGAGUGCCGUGCUCGGUGAGCCCAACGACGAUACAAGCCUUGGGACGUGGGGAAGCAAAUCGAUGACUAGGAGAGAGGAGAUGCAGGCGUCCACAUGGGCGGCGCUUGUCAAAGAGUACAGUCGGAGGGACCUGAGCUUUAUGUCAGACCGCCUUCCGGCUCUGGCUGGGGUAGUGGCUGAACUAUCUAAUUCCUGGGGCGACAGGUAUGUCGUGGGUUUUUGGGAGAGUUCGAUAAUACAGCACCUGGCUUGGAGCACCAAUAAAUAUGGGGGUUUUGAUAGGAAGACGACUUUCAAAGGAGUGAAUUACGACAAACCAACCGGGUCCCCGAGCUGGUCAUGGUCGACUGUCCCCUUUGGUGUCCAUCUCGGCGAUGUGAAGCUCCCAAACGCGAGGAUGGUAGACUGUGUAGUGGAGCCCACCUUCCUUAACGCGCCGUUCGGACAGGUCAAGCAUGCGCUUCUAACUCUGGAGGCUCUUGUUUUCACCUUGCAGCGGCCACAAAACAAGCCGCCAACAUGUCCCGGUGGAGACCAAUGUUCAUGUGAUCGUCGAUAUUCUCGUGUAUGUGUUCCAGGCAAGGGCAACCGUCUUCCGAGUGGGGAAAUAAUGUUGGAUUUUGACUGGUCAAAACCAGGACUAGAAGAUUUGCGAUUGGUUUUCUUGGGAUGGACCGAUUUUGUGGGACAUGAAGCCACCUUUUUGGUUGUUGAAAAGCUCCCUAGGGGGAGAUAUAGGCGGGUAGGGCGUGCGAUAUUGAAGGACGACUCGCAGCAAAGGAUGAGGAAUUUCUUAGUAUCCAGGCCAAGAGAGUUGGUCUCCAUAGAGUAAUUUCUUGCUCUGUGGAGCCUGCCUCGGUAUGAUACGGAGCAGAAGAGACUCACUCUGUUGAGGCUGAAAAGUCCAUUGGAGGCUCAAAAGGAAAGCAGAACGGACACCAUUAUGAUUUAUCAGUGCGUGGCCAUGUUGCAAGGAACAGUAUUUGCAUGAAUCUUUACUUCAAAAUAAUAGAAACUGUAGCCAAUGCUCAUGGAGUCAAAAAAAGGACUUCCUGUGUGAUAAUCGCCUGACUUGGCGGC